CGACGCGUCGACGUCAAAAUUACGUCGACGUCAUAUUUUUGCGUCGACGCUUCGACACAGCUCGUCACACGCGCGUUUGAGAACAAAACAUAAAAAAUGGAGGACGAAACACCAACCUCCUCGCAUAAUUUCCAACAAAGGCCUACAAAAAGCCCCCCAAAAAGAAAAACAGCUCGCACUAAAUCAUCGAAGGUAUGGGAAUAUUUCAAAUUUAGUUCCAAACGUAAAGAUGUUGUUAUCUGCGCUAUUUGCCAAAUGGAGAUGGCAUACCACACCAGCACAUCAGCGAUGUUGGAGCAUCUGAAACGGAGGCACCCCAUUGUCACUCGUGAAGGAGACAAUAAAAAGACACAGCAAAGAACCUUGCAGUCCUAUCUUGGGAAAGAGACACAAUGCACUACACAGAAGGCAGCAGAACUGAGCAAAAGGAUUUUGAGAGUGAUUGUCAAAGACAUGAGGCCUUUGUCUCUUGUUGAGGGUGAAGCCUUCAUAGACAUGAUCGAAUAUGCCUGCAUAUUGUGUUGAACUCUCAGGAAUGUAUAUACUGUGCACUGCACAGUGUUUUUGUUUUGCACUACUCUUUUGAAUUUUUUUGAACAAGAGUUAUGUUGGUACUGUAAAAGAGUAAACAGACUGUAUAACAAUAAAAUCCUUUUAUUUAUUUUAUUUUGUGUAAAGCAGAAGAUUUUUUUGUCGUGCAAAACUGUUCCUUAAAGGUUGUAUCUUUAAAGUAUAUUAUUAAGAAUGUUUUUGUUAUUUAUUCGAGAUACAUUAUGGUUUUUAUUAAUCGAUAAACAGAAAACUAAUCGUUAGAUUAAUCGUCCAAUUAGUCGUUAGACUAGUCGACUAAUCGACAAAAUAGUCGACAGAUUAAUCGUUUAAAAAAUAAUCGUUUACCCCAGCUCUAG